GAAGGAGGAGGAGCGAACUGCGCUUAGGGGGCGGCUGCACAGUCUUCUAGAUCCCCAGGCCUGGAGGGGGGUCUGCGCAUAGCCGGCUGGCUCUUCUCCUGCCCAGUCCGGUCAUAGCGGGCCUCCCUCGGGCCAUCCCGAUGGUGACCGGGCCCAGCGGAGCCUGAGCAAGGAACGGGUCCGUUGCGGAGCCGGAGGGCGGGAGGAACAUGACAUCGCGGAGAUGGUUUCAUCCAAAUAUCACUGGCGUGGAGGCCGAAAACCUACUGUUGACAAGAGGAGUUGACGGCAGUUUUUUGGCAAGGCCCAGUAAAAGUAACCCUGGAGACUUCACGCUUUCCGUUAGAAGGAAUGGGGCCGUCACCCACAUCAAGAUCCAGAACACUGGGGACUACUACGACCUGUACGGAGGAGAGAAGUUCGCCACUCUGGCUGAACUGGUUCAGUACUACAUGGAGCACCACGGGCAGCUCAAGGAGAAGAACGGAGACGUUAUUGAGCUCAAAUACCCUCUGAACUGUGCAGACCCUACCUCUGAAAGAUGGUUUCACGGCCACCUCUCUGGGAAAGAAGCGGAGAAGCUGCUAACCGAGAAAGGAAAGCAUGGCAGCUUUCUUGUCCGAGAGAGCCAGAGCCACCCUGGAGAUUUUGUCCUUUCCGUCCGGACUGGGGACGACAAGGGGGAGAGCACUGAUGGCAAGUCCAAGGUGACCCACGUCAUGAUCCGCUGUCAGGAACUGAAGUACGAUGUUGGAGGAGGAGAACGGUUCGACUCUCUGACAGAUCUGGUGGAGCAUUACAAGAAGAACCCCAUGGUGGAAACGCUGGGCACGGUUCUGCAGCUCAAGCAGCCCCUCAACACGACUCGCAUCAACGCUGCCGAAAUCGAGAGCCGCGUCCGGGAGCUGAGCAAACUGGCUGAGACCACAGACAAAGUCAAACAAGGCUUUUGGGAAGAAUUUGAGACGCUACAGCAGCAGGAGUGCAAACUUCUCUACAGCCGAAAAGAGGGCCAGAGGCAGGAGAAUAAAAACAAAAACCGAUACAAAAACAUCCUGCCCUUCGAUCACACCAGGGUUGUCCUGCACGACGGCGACCCCAACGAGCCUGUUUCCGAUUACAUCAAUGCGAAUAUCAUCAUGCCUGAAUUCGAAACCAAGUGCAACAAUUCAAAGCCCAAAAAGAGUUACAUCGCCACGCAAGGCUGUCUGCAAAACACGGUGAAUGACUUUUGGCGGAUGGUGUUUCAGGAGAAUUCCCGAGUGAUUGUCAUGACGACGAAAGAAGUGGAGAGAGGAAAGAGCAAAUGUGUCAAGUACUGGCCCGACGAGUACGCUCUGAAGGAGUACGGGGUCAUGCGUGUCAGGAACGUCAAAGAAAGCGCCGCCCACGACUACACGUUACGAGAACUGAAGCUCUCCAAGGUUGGACAAGCUCUACUCCAGGGCAAUACGGAGAGAACCGUCUGGCAAUACCACUUUCGGACCUGGCCGGACCACGGCGUGCCCAGCGACCCCGGGGGUGUGCUGGACUUCCUGGAGGAGGUGCACCACAAGCAGGAGAGCAUCAUGGAUGCGGGCCCAGUGGUGGUUCACUGCAGUGCUGGCAUCGGCCGGACAGGGACGUUCAUCGUGAUUGACAUCCUCAUUGACAUCAUCAGAGAGAAAGGCGUCGACUGUGACAUCGAUGUUCCCAAGACCAUCCAGAUGGUGCGAUCGCAGCGGUCAGGGAUGGUCCAGACGGAGGCACAGUACCGAUUCAUCUACAUGGCCGUCCAGCAUUAUAUCGAAACACUACAGCGCAGGAUCGAAGAAGAGCAGAAAAGCAAGAGGAAAGGUCACGAGUACACGAACAUUAAGUAUUCCCUGACGGACCAGACAAGCGGAGACCAGAGCCCCCUCCCGCCUUGCACCCCGACACCUGCCUGUGCAGAGAUGAGGGAGGACAGCGCCCGGGUCUAUGAAAACGUGGGUCUCAUGCAGCAGCAGAAGAGCUUCAGAUGAGAGCGCCGCUGCCGAGACUCCCGCAGUGGAUGUAGACUUCAACUUCUCCACGAAAUGAUCAAGAACAGGUGCAAGGCAGUUGAUGUGAAGCGUGAACUUGAACUUGAAGGCUUGCGUUGUGGUCGACUCCCCUUUGAUGAACAGAAUGUGAAACCGUUUAAAGACCAUUGUCUUCUCACUCAGCAACACCUGCUUCCCGGUGACCGCCGUCCUCCUUUGAGGAGCCACCCCUGCCCUGCGGACAGCGUCGGACUUGACAGAUUCUGUCCCCAACGGAGGAGGCGGCUCCGUUGUGCUCUCUGCUCUGCAGAUGGUGAUGCUUCGAAUCCUAGUUACUGGCAUUUUUUUUUUCUCUUUGUAUAACCUUAGGACAUUCACUCUCCCCCCACUUCGUGGGGAGCGAUAGGGCAAUUGCUAGUGGAGAAAGUGGGGGAAAUCAAGUAACAGCGGUCUGUGGAAGCCAGCACAGUGUCAUUCGGCAUCACUAGUCAGCAGCGGGUGGUCCAUUCUAAUGGCCUCUCUUUUCGGCUAGAUGAUAACGAAGCCAGCGCCUGCCCCAGACUGCCAGGAGUGGACUGCCCUCUGCAUCGCCGUUAAAAAAAUCAUGGGAAUUUAGAAUAAAAGGCACGCUUUUUUUUCUUUGCAGACGACCAAUGCCCUUUCGUCCCGUUGCCUGAGAAGGCUGUGGUGGGGAAAUGCUCUCUGUGUGUAUUUUUUUCACCUGCGUGUUUAGGGAGAACGUGCCUGUGACUAGCCAGUGUCUUGGUUAUCGGCUGUCGCUAACAGACCACCCCGGAACAUAGUGGCUUACCAGAGUUCUUUAUUUGCUCCUGACCGUCCUUGAAGCCGGACCCGGCUCAGCCAAGCUGUCCCACCGCUCAUCUUGCUGGUGCCCCCUGCUGGUCGGCAGGUUGGCUGAGACACUGGGGUGGCCGGGCCUGUCUCCCUGCACGAGGUCCCCGGUCGCCCCUCCUUCAUGUGCCCUUUCCACAUGGCCUCCUCGCCCGCAGGGUGGCUGGACCUCUUACAUGGCAAUUCAGAGCUCCCAAGAGUACAAGGCAGGAGUGGCCAGGCCUUCCCAUGACUUAAACCCUGAACCGUCACAGCAUCCCUUCUGCCCACUAUUGGUUAGAACGAGUCCCAGGCCCGGCACACAUUCAGGAAGAGGGGACGUCCCCGGGGCGUGAGGCAGAGGCGUGGUUUGUGGGGGGGUCUCCGGUGCAACAGGCUGUCAGAACGAGUGCUGAGGGGAAUAAAAGCUAUUGUUGGCAGAAGGAGAAGCUGCUAGUGAGUGACCCUGGGAAGCUGGAGCUGCCUGUGACGGCUGGUGCGUAAGCUGGACGUGAGACAGAGAGAGGGCCUUCCAGACGCUCCCUGCACCCGUUCUGGUCUUUUCUGAACCAUCACCUGGGGAAACGGGUCUCAUAAGGAUGGCUGGGUCUAGGGGGCAGAGCACACGCAAGCAGCGCCCUGUCAGUGUGGCCCUCGUGGAGGGCGGUGAGGUCUCCGGCAGAGGCCCCCAGCCCCGCGCUCGCCUGCCCUGCGGCGGGCUCCGUGAGGAAGAGCAGCGCUCACGGGGGUGCUGGCCGGAUGGCCUCGGCAGUAGCUCGUUUCCACCGAGCAGUCAGAUGGGCUGACAUGCUCCCUGAAGUGCCUUCUCCAAAAACACCCCCCUUUGCCCCCCUGUGUCACAUCGUCGUGCGGUGAGCGCGCUUCCAUUCAAGUCUCACUGGGUGACUUGGUGAGGAUGAUAAAAUGCUACUGCACGGCCUCCUUUCCGGAAUUCUCCUUGCUCUUGCUCCCGAAAGCGAGGCCCAGCCCCAGCCCUGGUGGUAGCUCCCCACUGAGGUCACGAUCGGGGCGAGCGGCGGCUGCCAUUCUCACAGACACAGCACAGCGUCCCCCCCACAUGACCCUCCCCCCCAGGCCAUGGCACUUAGAACUGCUUCAGAACGCAGGUGUGGCCUGGAGGCGACCACCUCAUAAGAGGGAUGCAGACGGCUGCCGUCUUGUCACCGAGCCUGCAAAGAGAGGGGGUGAAGUUCAGUAUUCGCAAUAAGGUCCUUGAACCCUGUUCUUUCUAUUGCAUCAUCACAUUGAAUGAUCUUCCGUUUGGCCUUGAUUUCUCGGGAAUGUUUUGACACUAGACUUCAGGGGCAAAGUCUUUCACCAGCAUACAAGGGUUUGAUAUACAAAUAUACCCGCUACAUUCAGUCUCUGCCUGCAGCUUCAGAUGGGUCGUUUUUGCACUUGGAAUGGAAGCAGCUGAUCUCAGCCAACCCUCUGUGUGACAGGACAUUGAUUCCAUUUAGAUUUCCCUCCACGAGGUCAGCAAGCUGCCAGGUGAGGUCGGUUUAUGCCCAGACAAGGUUAUGAUAGUCCCUCGGUUGCUAAGGUUUGUUGUGUGUUUGAUGAAAGGGGAACUGCAGGUUCUCAGGUGAGAUUUCUCUCUGUGGGAUGGAAUCACGCAGGUGAAGAUGGGGAACUCGAGGUGCAGGUUUAAAAAAGUGGAAAUGAAAGUUCCAGAGGGGGAGGGGUUUCUGAGGACGGCCCGGGGCCUGGGGCCAGAGCAGUCGGUCACAGCUGAGUCAGGUUAGCUGGAGAGUAGGAACGAUAGACCAAUGUACGUGGUUGGCUUCUGGGUUGCCGCCGGACAGAAAAUUUGCACAAUAUCCCGUAGCUGGUUGAGUAUUUUUAAAUUAUAAGCAUAGGAUUUUAUAUUCGGGGGGAAGAAAUUAUCUGGCACAUGGUAUUCAGGUUUUUUUUUAAAAAAGCCACAUUUCAGUCUUAAUAACUUUUAUAGAAAAUAAAAAUACACCUCCUACCCCGUGUGUGGUCCUCCUGAAAAUUACGGCCAUCUCGUCCAUGGAAAUCAAUGACUUUUCAAAUGUGGUUAAAGGGGGGGUUGAGAAAAUACAGGUAUAACUUUCAUGGUGUUUUGCAUUCUUUAAGGAGCCCAGUUGCUUUGGGAAAAAAACAAACAAGGAAAUCAUCCAGAUUAUUUUUAGGGGUUAUUUCACAGGGGAUUUUACAACUAAGAUAAGGUCUCGGGUUAUUUUUAGUUCAGGGGAGUGUGGGGAGGUAUGCGGUGGUGAAGUGUUUUGCUGUAGCUUAUUAAUAAUCCACGAGGGGAACUUCGGCUGUAGACAUGAGUGCAAACCCAGCCCGGCUAGUUUUCUGGGUGUCGUUGGGGGAACGAGGUUUUGUAUAGCAAGCACAUGGCACCCCUGACUCUGCAAUGCCUUUUUUAGGAUCUCUCUUAGCCCUUGAUUGUGUUGAUUUUUUUCCCCUCCUCUUCCUCUUGAAAAAUAAGUUGCAAAAUAUAGUUUAUUGUAUCUUCCAUGGUGACAACAUUUGCUUCUUUUCCCACUAUGGGCAGUUCACUCAGUCGGAUUUAGUGUGGUGUAUAACUUCGCUGUCUAUCCAGCUAACUUUGACAAGUUUUCAUCCUAAACCUCGAAUCAUGUGAUUAAUAAUUUGCCUGUUUUAUUUAUGACCUAAUUGUGAUUCUUUUAUUAAUAAAAGCUAGUGGGAAAGGAUCCUUUAUUAAGCUGUUUGACUUAGACAUGCAUUUAAUUUUCCAGCAGUAUAUGAAGUAUUGUACCAGAGUAUUAAAAGCUAUGUAAUAUUUUAUUGAUAAAUCUAUCCUUUAAAAGGAAUGUGUGUUAGGGCAUCAUCAUUUUGAUGUGAAUCAUGUAAAUGUUGAUAAUAUGCACUGUUUAUUAUACAUGUAGUAUUUCAAGAGAUUCACUUAAUUGCCUUUUUUGCUCACGUACAUCAUGUAGUCUAUUUGCAAUUGUUUUUUUUAAAAAGUGACAUUAAAAGAAUAGUUUAUGUAGAGAAGCCUUAGUGGAUGUUAAUUGUCUCCCCGCUUAUAUUUAUGGGUGUUAGUUCAACUGCUUUGCUAGUUGCAAAGCCGUAUUAUCAGAGUAAAAGUGUACUUGUUAACUGUAUGGGAACUAAAAAUUAGGAAUAAAAGCAUUUUCUUAUA